UUAUUUCCCCUCUUCACGUGGUGCGGGCGGGAAGUGACGCGCGCGGCCCGGGAGCUGCGGACGCCGAGGCCGACGGAGCCGGAGUCGCGGACGCCGCGGGGUCUCCGGGACAGGAACCCCCAGUGCUGUGUCCAGAUUCUGCAGGAGAGGUUUGGUGGGUCCCCGGCCCCAUCCAGCCAGCAGAAUGUCAGCCACGCUGGAUCUGAAGUCAAAGGAGGAGAAGGAUGCUGAGCUGGACAAGAGGAUCGAGGCUCUUCGGAGAAAGAACGAGGCCCUCAUCCGGCGCUACCAGGAGAUUGAGGAGGACCGUAAGAAAGCUGAACUCGAGGGCGUCGCGGUGACAGCCCCCCGGAAGGGCCGCUCAGUGGAGAAGGAGAAUGUGGCAGUUGAGGUGGAGAAGAACCUGGGGCCCUCCCGGAGGUCUCCUGGGACCCCGCGGCCCCCAGGUGCCAGCAAGGGAGGCCGGACGCCUCCCCAGCAGGGGGGCCGGGCAGGCAUGGGCCGGGCCUCCCGCAGCUGGGAGGACAGUCCGGGGGAGCAGCCUCGAGGAGGAGCUGGGGGCCGUGGCCGGAGGGGCCGGGGCAGGGGGUCCUCUCAUCUCUCCGGAGCCGGAGAUGCCUCAGCUGCUGACCGCAAAUCCAAGGAGUGGGAGGAGCGGCGCCGGCAGAACAUUGAGAAGAUGAACGAGGAGAUGGAGAAGAUCGCGGAGUACGAGCGGAACCAGCGGGAAGGCGUGCUGGAGCCCAACCCCGUGCGGAACUUUCUGGAUGACCCGCGGCGCCGCAACGGACCCCUGGAGGAGCCGGAGCGGGACCGGCGGGAGGGCAGCCGCCGGCACGGGCGCAACUGGGGGGGCCCUGACUUCGAGCGGGUGCGCUGUGGCCUCGAGCAGGAGCGGCAGGGCCGCCGGGCCGGCCUGGGCGGUGCUGGGGACAUGACGCUCUCCAUGACGGGCCGGGAGCGGUCGGAGUACCUGCGCUGGAAGCAGGAGCGGGAGAAGAUCGACCAGGAGCGGCUGCAGAGACACCGCAAGCCCACCGGCCAGUGGCGGCGCGAGUGGGAUGCCGAGAAGACCGAUGGCAUGUUCAAGGAUGGCCCAGCCGCUGCCGCGGACCCACCCCACCGCUACGAUGACCAGGCCUGGGCCCGGCCCCCCAAGCCCCCCACGUUCAGGGAGUUCCUGUCUCAGCACAAAGCCGAGGUCAGCCGCAGGAAGAGGAAGAGCAGCCGACCCCAGGCCAAGGCAGCCCCCCGUGCCUACAGUGACCACGAUGACCGCUGGGAGACGAAGGAGGCUGAGUGCCCCGCCCCUGAGGCCCCACAGCCCACUUCCCCCGAGGAGACGCCUGUGCAGCCGCCUGAGACCCCAGCCCCUGCCCACCGGCCUCCGGAGGACGAGGGGGAGGAGCAUGCGGGGGAGGAGGAUGAGGGGGAGGACGAGGAAUGGGAAGACGUGAGUGAGGACGAGGAGGAGAUCGAGGAGGAAGAGGAGGCUGACGAGGAGGAAGAGGAACCAGCCCCCGACCACCGCCCCCCCGAGGCGGAGGCCCCCAGGAGCCCCACCAGGGAGCAGGCCCACCAAGAGCCGUCUGGGCCCGAGGAACCCCUGCCUCCUCCCCCGGCCCCCGCCACGCCUUCCAGCCCCUUCUCGCCCCCCGGAGGCCACCAGCCCGUGUCCGACUGGGGCGAAGAGAUGGAGCUGAAUUCUCCCCGGACCGCCCACCCGGCUGACGCCCUCUCUCCGGGAGGUGACCAGCCAGCCCCUGCCUGCCUGGAGAGCGGGCCCAGCCUCCCAGGAACCCAGCAAGCUGAAGAGGAGGGGUCUGAGGCAGCUGCAGAGGCGGGCCCCGAGGGCCAGGAGACGGCGGAGAUCACCGACUUCCAGAGGGCCUCUCCGAAUUCCUGAAGACGCUGCCGGGAGGGGACUGAAGCUUCCCCGCCUUGCUGGGGAGGGGGCGGCAGGAGGGGGUUAGUCUGCAGCUCCAGGCUGUGCUCUCUUCUCCCAGGAGCCCACUCCGGACCCCCAUGGCUCUGGGGAGACGCAGAAAUUGAGGGGGCUGGGGGAGGGGCGUGAUUGCGGUGUGGGGCGGAGCUGGUGCUCCGGGGCUUGAGUUUGGACCUUGGGACAGCCAGCAUAGAGGAGGAGGCAGGUCCCGCGAGGGGCGUGGUCAGUGCCUGGGCGGAGCCAGCACCCUGGUGGGCGGAGUUAGGACGGGACGGCGUUAGGAUGGGGGUGGGGCCACGGGACCGGUUUAGAGGGGCGUUCCUAAGGCUGGUGUGGCGCGCAGCCACCGGCAGAGGGCGUGGCUAGGAUGCGGUGCUGGAACUUCUGGGGUGAGGAGGAGGAGACGGGUGGGUCCUAGACUAGAGAGGGGUGAGGCCAGAGGGAGAGGAGGGCGGGAUCGAGAGCUGGAGUAGAGUCUGGAGUAGAGAGGCAAAUUAGGAUGGGGCGGGGCUGCGGCUGGGGGCGGGGCUUUCGAGGCCUGAGCCUAGCGAGGGGCGGGGCUAGGAGGUGGGGCUAGAUGCCUGGAGGAAAUCUGAGUCCCGAAAGGGAUGGGGUUAGGGCGCGGGAAGAAGACCAGAAAAAGAGGAGCGUGGGGCUUCACGCUGGGGCGGGCUUGCAUUUAAGAGGCGUGGCCUGGC